CUAUAAGAGAAGGCUGCGAGAGACGGGUUCAAGUAGAAAGUGGUGGAGGUGGUGGUUUUUAAUUUUUGCUGUGCGGUGUUUUUCUUUUUCUAUUAUUGUCGAGAUCUUGGGUGGUCCAUAAGCACCAUUAGAAAGCUCUCUAUAGUUUCUAGACUACUUUAGUCAGAUAAAGUCAACAAGUCAACCACCAUGACAGUACAGCCCGCUGCUACAACUACACCUAUCACUGAGAAGAGCGGAGAUCAUUCCACCAGCUCUGCUCUAUUGAGUUGGUCUAAAUCUGAUCUUAGUUUGAUGUUCAUGAUGGACGGAACCACAGACGACCUUAGUGAGACUCUUAGUGGAUAUCAUCCAGACGAUCCUCGAGUUCUCAGUACACAACACACUACUAGCAGCAGCAAAAGCAACAGCAAAAGCAAAAUGCAAGAAGAGGCAAGACGCAAGAUGCAACUCCAUCGAGAAGAAGAUGACGACCUGUCGGUAUACUCGCACCUCUCAAACAGCGGCAAGAAUAAGGCCAACGGCAACAGGCUGCAAGAAAACCAAAAGUGGCAUUACUUUGUAGAAUUCCUACUAGUGGCACUGGGCCUCUCGGUGACAGUCGCUACUUGGAUUGCGUUGGCCAAGGCGCAAGAAACGCAACAACACCAACAGUUUGUUUUGACCGCUACACAGAUCCAGGAUGGAGUACAAGACCGAUCGCACAGGCUAAGAGAAGCUCUACAAGUCCAAAGUCAAACCCUUACCGACCUCAGUCGAGCGGCACAGGUAGAGUGGCCCUACUAUAUACCCACUUCGGGCAGCUUUAGAAGACAAGCACAACAUGUACGAGAAGAAGGAAGACUUCAAGUACUGGCAUUGGCUCCCUUGGUACAAGCGUCGGAACGAGAUGUCUGGAACCGAUUUGUACAGUUCCAUCACGGACGCAGGAACGAUACAGCCAUGCCCGUGUACUACUACGACAACGGAAAGCCAACACCCUUUCAAGAUCAACCACCACAAGCAUUAGAACAAGAAGAACAAUCACAAGAUCUAGUUCUAGAGCAAGAAGAAACGGCUGUCUCCAAGGCAGUCCUAGCGGACGAGCACAGCAAUCAAACCGCGCCUCCUAGUACUUUACAUGCACCCCUCUGGCUCAUGUCGCCCGCACCCGUUGAACCUGCCGUAUACAACUAUGAUAUCUUAUCCAGCAACGAUGCACAACAGUUGCUGCAAGCCAUGGAACAGGCACCGCAGGGACAAGCCGUCAUCUCCAAGAUAUUAGACUUUUCACACCUCUCAAGGCAGGCAUACCAGCUCGACAAUGGCACUCAGUCCUCCGUCUAUCCUCAUAGUCUCACCUUCCAACCAGUCUACGAACAAGCCAUUUCCACUUCCAACUCCAAUCAACCCGUAGCCAUUCUAUUCGGAAUCAUGUACUGGCACUCCUACAUCAACAACCUCCUACCUUCCGAGACCAAAGGAAUCAUGGCUGAAUUCCAAAACAACUGUGGACAAUCCAUUCGAUACAGACUGGACGGGGAUACCAUCAUAUUCGUUGGACAAGGGGACGCUUCCAAAACAACAUUCACUGACUUUGACAAAACUGGGUACCCCUACUACUCCAUCUCCUUCUUCCAUCCACCAGAACCUCCUUCUUCCAACAACAUCAACGACUGCCAGUACACCCUCUAUGUAUACCCGACCGACGAAUUCUUCCAAGACAGCAGCAGCAACCAAGCGGUCGUAUACACUGUUGUAUUUGCCGUCCUCUUUGUGGUAACCGCCAUUCUCGUUCUCUAUGCCAUUCGACGCAUGGACAAAGGAAAGAAUGAAGCGCUCAAUUACGCCUUUGAAGCAAACAACAUCAUCGCCAGCAUGUUCCCCAAUAGCUCCUUCUCCUUUGGACUCGGACAACAUAAUCAUGCCGGAGCAUCGUCGUCCUGGUUUGGCAAUUGGGGCGGCGCUACUUCUGCCAAACAAAAGGAACUCGACAUGGAAGAGUUUGGUGGACUCUGUGGAAUGAACAUUUCCAACCAUUCAAGACGCGCUCCCAUUGGAGGACGCAGACGGACCAAGAAGCAAGCAAACCACAUACAAGAAGAACCCUCGGAACAAAGACGCACCUCAUACGACGAACGGAUUGUACAGUUUGAAGCCAGCUGCGCUAGUUUGGACUGCGGGGAUUUCAGUGGCAACAAGUCCAUUGCGAGUAGCAAGGCAACGCUCAGCAGCAGUCGAACUCGAAAGAAGCACAACAAGCUCAAGGCAAGGCAAAAGCUCCAAGCCAACAAGGGCGACCAAGCCUGGGAUGACACUCCUUUGGGAUCGCGACCCAUCGCAGACUUGUUCCCCGAAGCAACCGUCCUGUUUGCAGAUAUCGUUGGUUUCACGGCAUGGAGUUCCAGUCGCGAGCCACACCAUGUGUUUGAACUGUUGGAAUCCAUCUACCACACGUUCGAUGACAUUGCCAGGAAGCGAUGUGUGUUCAAGGUGGACACUGUGGGCGACUGCUACUGUUGUGUCACCGGAGUACCCCUCCCAAGAGAUGAUCACGCAGUCAUCAUGGCCGAGUUUGCUCGAGAGAUCCUGGUUGCCUUUGAUGUGGUCACAUCCACGCUCGAGGUUCAGUUGGGACCUGAAACUGGAGAUCUUUGCAUGAGAGUCGGUGUCCACUCGGGGCCAGUGACAGCAGGUGUGCUGCGUGGGGAUCGAAGCCGAUUCCAAAUCUUUGGUUCAACUGUCAGCCGAACUGCCAAGAUUGAAGCCGAGGGUGAACCGGGUCGUAUUGUCAUUUCGAAGGAGACAGCUGACCUUUUGGCUGCAGACGGCAAGUCGGCCUGGUUCUUGAAUAGGGAUAAUAGUUUAGAAGGGGGAGGCACAACAUUGUACACAUACUGGCUGGAUCCAAGGAAAGAAGAUUGCGAAGCAUUGGACUUGAAACGAACUGGUGCUCACCCGGCACUUUUGAGAGCAGCGAACCUCAUCCAGAAGAUGGAUGAAAACUGUCUGAUCAAGACAGUGCAUCAGCGUCAGGUUGACUGGAUCGUUGAUCAGAUGGAGAAGCUCCUGAAGCAAGUCAUUGUGCAACGACGACAGCUGGAGGAAGCGGUCGAGAAGAAGCCUGGAAAAGACGGCCCUGUCAUCAUCCCGCAAGCGGCCAUCGCGCAGAGCGAAGUUUGUGUGUUCGAUGAGGUUCGAGAAGUCAUCCCUAUGCCAACCUUUGAUGCUAUGACGGCUCUAGAAAUAAAAGAGGCGGAUGACAUUGAACUGUCGCCGGAUGUACUGUGGCAACUUCAUGAUUUCGUCACAAGUAUCUCCACCAUGUACCGAGCGAACCCCUUCCACAACUUCGAACAUGCGUCUCAUGUUACCAUGUCCGUCGUCAAGCUACUCAGCCGUGUGGUUUGCCCGACCGAUUAUAGCGCCCAUGAUGCCGACAAUUCCAAAACCGCGCCAGGAAUGCUUCGAUCCUCCAAAAGCAAGAACAAGCUCGAACUUCAUGACUUCAGCUACGGGAUCUCUUCGGAUCCAUUGACCCAGUUCGCUGUCGUCUUUGGAGCCUUGAUUCAUGAUGUUGACCAUGUCGGUGUUUCCAAUGCACAACUUGUGAAAGAAGGGUCUCGAUUAGCCAGAAUCUACAAGAGCCAAAGCGUGGCCGAGCAGAACUCAGUGAACAUUGCCUGGGACCUUCUGAUGGAUCCUGCCUUCGAAGCCCUUCGACGAUGCAUCUACACCAACUCUCAUGAAUUCGACCGUUUCAGAGCAACGGUUGUGAACGUCGUCAUGGCAACUGAUAUUGUGGAUAAAGACUUGAAGAAUCUACGAAACGCUCGCUGGGAAAAGGCCUUCUCCAAGCAGGAGGGAGAAGAAUACACCAAGGAGGACAAUGACAGGAAGGCCACCAUUGUUUUGGAGCAUCUUAUCCAGGCCUCUGACAUCAGCCACACGAUGCAGCACUGGCAUGUGUACCAGAAAUGGAACCACAAGCUGUUCAGAGAGCUGUACAUUGCCCACAUCAAGGGGCGCAUGGGGGGCAAUCCCGCUGACUUUUGGUACAAGGGAGAAAUUGGAUUUUUUGACUUCUAUAUCAUCCCUCUUGCCAAGAAGCUACGGGAUUGUGGUGUCUUUGGUGUCUCGUGUGACGAAUUCCUCAACUACGCUUUGGAAAACAGAGCACAAUGGGAGAAGGACGGGGCGGAUGUCGUCAAAAAGCUCAUCCACCAAGUCGAGAACGACAAAGAUAUAAUUGCACUCAAGCUCAAGUACAACUUUGUGGAGCAACCAAAGGACUGAGCGAGAGCUUGAGCUGGAACUGGAACUUGUACAUUACAGGACCACAUACUUGAAGGGCGCGGUCGAGGGAACACCCGCCUGUAUAUCAUUAGAAACAUGUUCUAACAAUAUAUAUUACUAC